AUGUCUCCUGCACGGUUCACCAACAAACUUGCCGGUCAGCGUGUCCUUUUGGUCGGAGGCACUGGGGGCGUUGGCAUCAGUGUUGCACAGGCCCUUGUCGAAUUCGGCGCAACAGUCAUCCUCUCCUCGUCACGAGCAUCCAAGGUCGAGGAUGUGUGCGCCCAGCUUGUCAGCGACUACCCAGCUGCCAAAGACCGCGUCUCAGGAUUCGCUUGCGAUCUAGCCAGUCCCAAUGUCGAGGCCAAUAUCGAGGGUCUGUUCAAGAACGUGGGCGAGGUUGACCAUAUUGUGUACAUGGCCGGAGACCGACUGCCUACGAUCCCGCUCGAGGAGGUUACUCUUGAGAAGUGGCAAAAAUGUAACCAAGUUCGAACUAUUGCCGCAGUCCUGGUUGUCAAAAUCGGAACAAAGUACAUGAAGAAGGAUCGACACUCUUCCAUCGUCUUGACCGGCGGGUCCAUCUCUGAAAAACCAAUUGCUGGAGGAUGGUCCAUGCUAGCGCUCAUUGGCGCUGGCUUGAAUGGUCUGGCACGACAGUUGGCUUUUGACUUGGCACCCAUCCGCGUCAACUGUGUCGCUCCCGGGGUCAUCGAGACAGAUCUCUGGCAGGGCAUGGGUGAGGAAGGCAAGAAGGAAUUCUUUGCGAACCAUGAGAGCAAAAUACCCACUGGGAAGGUUGGCCAGCCUGUAGACCUGGCCGAGGCGUAUCUCUACUGCCUGAAAGAUGCCAACGCGACAGGCAUCGUAAUCCAUUCCAACAGCGGGACAUUUCUGAUCUGA